AUGGCGCUCUCGAAGCGCCCAAAGUCGCUUUCGCAUGGAAGGCCUCCCAUCAGCAAACCUUCAGAGCGCAUGAGCUCUAAGCAGUCUCGCACGAUCAUUCGAACCCAUCACCGGUUGCAUAAAGAGCAUGCAGCAGCUGUGAGAAAGGGAGAUGCGCAGACAGCGGCUCGGGUCAAGCAGGCGAUCGAGCAGAAGAGCAAUCUGAAAUUGUACCAAGCAGCCAGCAAACAAGGCCAAUCAAAGGAUCGAGGUGGCGACUCUAGCAAGCUCCUCGUGCAGUGGAUGCAGGAGCACAAAAUCAUACACCCGAACAAGGACACUAAUGCUACGACAACCAAUCCCUAUCAAUUAUUGGAGGUUGGAGCUCUCUCUACAAAGAAUGAAAUCUCGCGCUUCCCGAAACUUCUUCAGGUCACCAGGAUAGAUUUGAACAGUCAGGAGCCGGGAAUCCUGCAGCAGAACUUCAUGGAACGACCACUGCCAUCUGUACCCUCCGACUACUUCGAUAUCAUUUCGCUGUCACUCGUGCUCAACUAUGUAUCAGAUGCAGUAGGACGUGGUGAAAUGCUUAAAAGGACUACAGAGUUCUUGCGGCUUCAGACUUCUCAGCCAGAAGCAGCCAACGAUGCACUUCCGUUGCUAUUUCUGGUCCUCCCACUGCCUUGUGUGGCCAAUUCUCGGUAUCUGAAUGAGCAGCUCCUCGAGCGCAUCAUGACUGGUCUGGGCUAUCAGGUUCUGAACAAGAAGAACACAAAUAAGUUGUGUUAUUACCUCUUCAAAUUGACUGGCAAUGUCCACGGAACAAAAGCAGAUAAGCGAAAAGUAAGAGAUGGACCGUCGAUGAACAACUUUUGCAUCGUCGUAGAGUGA